GGGGACUGCCGGUGGCGGUGGUUGAGGGAGAGGGCGAAUUCGAUCUCGACCGGCUGGCAAUCGAUGUUUGAUGGCCGAGCAUGUCUGAGUUUCACCUCGGAUCUGGAUUUGGGAGGUCGUUGUGCCCAGAUCUACUGCGGAAGAGGGAUAUCAGUGCUGGUGAGGAGAGCGAUCGAGUUCGUGGGCAGCAACGUCUCUCUGGCGUUCAAGAAGCGCAGGGAGCCGGAUAGGUAGCAGAGUCGGGUAAUUCUUUCCUUGCUCGGCAAUUGAUGGCGACGGUGGCGGU